GAGAGAGAGAGAGACUCACACAUUGAGUGGGGAGACAGACUGAGAGUACGCCAGACUGAGCAGACGAGCCAUAUUUCGAGCGCACAUUAGGAGUGCGUAAAAAAACCGCAGGAGCGGAGAAACCUUGUAUCCGUCGAUUGUACAUUGGUUAGAGGAACGGGUGAGUUUUCGGUGCGAGUUGUCGACUUUGCUCGCGUUUGUUUCCGCGCGUCCCGGAUCUUCGCUCAUGGUUUUUUCUGCCGCCGUCAGUUUUGUGAAUGGACGCGCUGCUGGGAAGCUUCUCUGGUGACAUGGAAAUGCGCGUUAUUGAGCGUGUAGCCGGAUGCUGAGGACGCCCUGCCCGAUAAGUCAAUUCCAGCUUUCACUUUGAGUUUUGAACUCCGUUUUCUACCCGGCGACAACAUGGAGGGCACCAGCUUCCAGCCCCAUCCCGGACUUCAACAAACUCUCAAGCAGUUUCAUCUGAGUUCGAUGCGCUCUCUGGGCGGACCGGCCGCCUUCUCCGCCCGGUGGCACCAGGACUCCCUCUUCGGGAAAGAUGGGAAGUCGGCGGAGAUGAUGCUGUCCCUGCCGGCCCAGACGCCCCCGGUGAUGUCCGGUCCGCUCUUCAUCCCCUCGGACCGCUCCACGGAGAGGUGCGAGACGGUGCUGGAGCGCGAGCCCAUCUCGUGCUUCGUGGUCGGCGGGGAGAAGCGGCUGUGCCUCCCGCAGAUCCUCAACAGCGUGCUGAGGGACUUCUCCCUCCAGCAGAUCAACUCGGUGUGCGACGACCUGCACAUCUACUGCUCCCGGUGCACGGCGGACCAGCUGGAGAUCCUGAAGGUGGUGGGCAUCCUGCCCUUCUCGGCCCCGUCCUGCGGGCUCAUCACGCAGACGGAUGCUGAGCGCCUCUGCAACGCGCUCAUCUACGGCGGGACUUACCCGCCGCACUGCAACAAGGAGCUGGGCUCCCUGGAGCUGGAGCGAACCGAGAAGAGCUUCAAAGUCUACCACGAGUGCUUCGGCCGGUGUAAAGGUCUGUUCGUCCCGGAACUGUACGCCAGUCCUGCGGCCGCCUGCGUCCAGUGCCUGGACUGCAGACUCAUGUUCCCUCCGCACAAGUUUGUGGUGCACAGUCACAAGAGACUGGAGAACCGGACUGUCCACUGGGGCUUCGACUCGGCCAACUGGAGGGCUUACGUGCUCCUAGACCCGGACUACACCGGCAAGGAGGAGAAGAGUCACCUGGAGCAGCUGCUUAAAGAGUUAAAAGGAAAAUUUGAUCUGACGGGCAAACUGUCAAGUAAAUCCUGCAGAUCCCCCAGCCCCGUCCCGACCAAGAAGCCCAAAUUCGACAAAUUGCUCUCUCCGUCAGCCGACAAAGACAGAAAGCCCGACUGGCUGCAGUCGCUGUCGAAGUCCGCGCACAAGGAUCUGAAGCAGGUCCAGCUGAAGCAGAGACCCUCUGCUUUCCGGCCCUGGUCUCCUAAAGCCUCCGAAAAAGAGAAACCAGCGGCUCAAAAUGAGGCGGAGAGGCCCUGCUCAAAGAGUCAGGAGGCUCUGGCUGCUCCAGCUCUCGCCUCUCUGCCCCCUCCGGUCCAUCCCAAGGACAGCCACACUCCUGGCAGGGGGCCCGCCGCCAUUUCCAGGCAGGAGCUUCAUAAUGGCGAUGCGCAGCACACGGCGAAGGCGGCCCACCCCGGCACCGCAAACCGGGCGGACGACAUGGACACAGAUGGAGAGAUCGAUGUGGACGACUGUGACGACGGCCCGAUACCUGCCUCCUCGCUGGCUUCGCCUCCGUCCGCCUGCUCCAGCGUGUCUCAGGCUCUGACCUCUCAGAGCGCCGCUCCGUCUCAGGACAGGCCCUCCUUCCUGCCGCCCACGGUUUACCCCGAGAUGGACUCCAUGAGGCAGAUGCUGUACGGCGGCCUGGACACCAAGGAGUCCCGGGAGAAGCUCCUGCAGGAGAUCGUCCGCAUGCGGGUGAAGCAGGAGGAGAAGCUGGCCGCGGCGGUUCAGGCCAAACGCAGCCUUCAGCAGGAACUGGAGUUUGUGAGGGUGGCGAAGAAAGGACGCCUCCGUGAGGCCAUCGAGGCUAAACGUAACCUGCGGAAGGAGAUCGAGCGCCUGCGCGUGGACUGGGAGAGGAAGAUGAGGGAUGCAGAGGAGUCCUGCGGCCGGCUGAAGAGGGAGCUGGAGAGAGAGAGGCAGAUACGAGUCUGCGACAAAGGCUGCGAGGCCGAGCGGCUCCGGGUCAAGUACUCCACUCAGAUCGAGGAGUUGCACACGCAGCUCCAGCAGGCCGAAGCCGACCGCGAGCUGCUGAGGCAGGAACUCCAGCAGGAGCGAGAAGCCCGGCAGAGCCUGGAGAGCGUGGUCAAAGACCUGCAGGCCCAGCUGGCCCUGCAGGCCGGCGGCAGUCCCCCCGGAGAGCCCAAGGACACGGACACAGACGCACACAGAGCGAGCGCACAGCUCACCAACGGAUCCUAAAGUUGCACAUUUAUUAAAGAAAAAAAAAAUAAAAACUGGACUCAGAGACUCAAUGAAAAAGGAGCAUGUUCAAGGACUUCAUCACAUCCUGUUGGGAAAAAUUCAUCAACGUUGGUUUUUAUAGAAAAAAAAAACAAACAAAAAAAAAAACAAGUCAUAUGUAAUGGUAUACAUGAAUAUAAUAAUGACCGUAUGAAUUUAAUGAAUGAACUGGAAAGUAGCAUGAUGUCUGAGCAUGUUUUAGAGCGUGGAACUCGGAGAGACUCCUUCAGCCAUGAACACACUUCUUUCCAGAGACGUCAGAGCCCUCGGUUCACACACCCCACGCUGUCCAAGGACUUUGGUUUUGGUAUAAGCUAUUCUAAGAUGUGCAAAUAUAGCUACAUAACACUACUUGAAUAUGAAGGGAAGAAACAUGAGCAGACGAGGAAACUCUUGGUGCCACAAAAAAAAAACAAAAAAAAAAAAAAACAUUGGUACACUCAAAGGUGUCGUUGCAGACCACUGGAAACAAGAGACACAAGUUUACCACUAUUUACUUUUAAUAUCCGCUUGCUUUUUAUAACUGUGUAGAAGAUGUACUUUUUAAGAAAUAUUGCUUGCGCAGCACUGUUAACCCACAGGCAAGAUGAAAAAGAGAAAAAAAAAAAUUCAUCCAUAUACCGACAUGUACGCAUGUAUACCAGCUUAUCUACCUUUUGUAUUUGAUAAACCUGAAGUAUUGGAGGUUUGGUGGGCUGCCUUCAGGUCCACCACUGUUUAUGCUUAGAUACUUUAUGGAAGUGUUACUUUUCGUCGUUGUUUUCCAGUAAUGUUUUUUUUUUUUUUUUUUUUUCCGCAACCAAACCAUGUGGUAAAUAGCAGAUAUUCUUGCCCAUGUUUAGUCUCGAUAAGCCUACAAACACACUCCUUUUAAAAAGAAAAAACAAGAAAAAGAAAAACCCUCGAUAGCUGUUUAUGUUGAAACGCGGUACUUCUGAUUUUCUAUGGAGUAUUGUAAAAUAAUUUAUAUUCUACAUUAAUUUGCUGCCUAGCAACAGAAAGCAUUCAUUUUUAGUCACUGGUUUUAGGGCUCUUAAAUCAACAAUUGCUGUUUAUAUGAACAACAUUUCUACAUAUAUACAAAAUAUGGAUAUAUAUUUUUUUACUUUAAGAAAAAGGAAUUGCACUUUUUAACGAAAGAACCUUGCAUUGCGCAUUGUACUCCCUGUUACAUUUUUCAAAUCACAAAGUUAAACAUGAACUUAGAAUUGAAACACACUUUCCCUCAGUAUCCUCUGAUGUAAAUACAAUGAUAUUGUAAAUAAGAUGUUUGUUGGUAUGGUAUGUUUGCUUGCUCCAGACUUAAAUUGAUUAUGAAUAUUAUUUUUUGCUCUUACUUGAAACCAAAAAGAGACUCUAUUUGGAUUUGCAAAAAAAAAAAAAAAAACAAGAAAAGAAAAGAAAAGAAAAAAAAAACAAAAA